UUCACAGUAGUGAACGGAACGUUGGUUGAUACAAGUAGUUUGCUUUUAUGCGACAUCCGUCCAUGUCAGUUAUCAAUCCUUACGUGUCCUUUAUUUUUCCUCCGUAUCCUGUCUCAAGACUGUUAGUCGGCCAGCCAUAAAAAUCUGAUUGUCAUCACGUCAUCAUCGUAAUCACCUGUUAUUCUUUCUAACCUGCCAAGUGCAAAUGCCAAAUCUAAUUAAUUAGUUUCAAUACUUUUUUCACAUUAAUUAUUUUGAGUUUUUCGAAUAACCCUAGUUUAUCUAAUUUGUACUUGUGUUUGAAUUUUGCCUAAUUCGUGAUAUUAAUAACUGUGCACAAUGACGACUAUGCUUCUGAAAAGUUUGGGCUCGGUCGGCCGUGGAAUAGUUGUUUCUAAUUCAAAAUGCGGUAUCCAAUGCCUUUCGACCACAGGAAUUGUCUACUCGCCAAGGAAGACUGUACCUGACAGAACGGGGAAGAAUAUAGUUUUCGUUGAUGGUGUUCGAACACCUUUCCUUCUCUCUGGUACCGACUACGCAAACCUGAUGCCCCAUGAACUAGCUAGGCACUCAUUGGUAGGUCUGAUGAAGAAGACAGGUAUCCCAAAGGAGUUGGUGGACUACAUCGUCUACGGAACUGUGAUUCAAGAGGUCAAGACAAGCAACAUCGGCAGAGAAGCUGCUUUAUGUGCAGGAUUCUCAGACAAAACCCCAGCACACACUGUGACAAUGGCCUGCAUAUCUAGUAACCAGGGAAUCACUACAGGUAUCGGUCUGAUUGCGGCUGGAGUGUACGACAUCAUCGUAGCAGGAGGAGUGGAGUACAUGUCUGAUAUUCCGAUCCGUCACUCACGCAAGAUGAGGAAUCUUCUGCUUAGAGCCAACAAGGCCAAGACUCCAAUGCAGAAGUUGCAACUGUUAGCCAGCAUUAGACCUGACUACUUCAUACCUGAGCUCCCGGCAGUGGCGGAGUUCUCCUCGGGAGAGACCAUGGGUCACUCGGCGGACAGACUUGCGGCUGCGUUCAAGGUGACGAGACAAGAGCAAGACGACUAUGCACUACGAUCACACAAGCUGGCACAGGAAGCCUUUGACAAAGGAUACUUCACUGAUCUGCUGCCUUACAAAGUGCCAAACAGUGACAAGAUAGUGUCAAAAGACAAUGGUAUUCGAGUGUCAACUCCCGAACAGCUGGCCAAGCUGAAGCCUGCUUUUGUCAAACCCCAUGGAACUAUCACUGCAGCCAAUGCAUCCUUUUUGACUGACGGUGCAUCUGCUUGCAUGAUCAUGACAGAAGCUAAGGCCAAGGAACUGGGCUUGAAACCAAAGGCUUACCUGCGAGACUUCAUCUAUGUGUCACAAGACCCCAAGGACCAACUGCUCUUGGGACCUGCUUACGCUACACCGAGAAUUCUGGCCAAGGCUGGGAUUGAACUCAAAGACAUUGAUGUUUGGGAGUUCCACGAGGCGUUCGCUGGCCAAAUCCUAGCCAACCUGAGGGCCCUGGACUCUGACUGGUUUGCUCAGAACUACAUGGGGUUGAAGGGCAAGGUGGGAGUGCCUGACAUGAAGAAGUUCAACACAUGGGGAGGUUCUCUCAGCAUUGGCCACCCCUUUGCUGCUACAGGGGUGAGGCUGACGGUGCACGCUGCCAACAGACUAGUCAGAGAAGACGGACAGCUAGCCUUCAUUGCAGCUUGUGCUGCGGGAGGACAGGGUGUAGGAAUGCUUGUGGAACGCCACCCUGAUGCGGUGCCUACAUAAAUCAAGGCUGAAUUUAUGGACUGAAUUUAUAAAUGAUGUAAUAUGUAUUUUUCUACUUUUAAUGUACACGUGCUGUUUUACUCAUUUUGUUUAUACCCUCUCAUGUUAUGUAAUGCAUUAGAUAUAAUAUAUGAAUGUUUUUAUGGA